GAUGGUGCGUUAUCCGGGCAAUUUAUUGCUUAAUCAAUACAUGUCUUCUUCCACUAAAAACCUAAUACAUGGUCUAUUGCAAUUUGUGGGUGGUUCUUUGGGCAUUGGUGGGACAUUACAAAAAUAUUGGGGCAAAGAGAUACAUUUUAAAUCGAUACAUGCCAAAUUGGGCUUGGCAGCUUGCAUAUUGUGCACUAUUAAUUUUGUAAGCGGCCUUGUUAGUCUCUUCUAUCCUGCCUCCCUGGGUAGUAUACGCUUAAUGCAUGGCCUUUUGGGUUUGACCACUUUUAUUAUCGGCAUGUUGUGUCAAUUCUAUGGCUAUGAGACUGGUUUCUUUAAUCGUAAUUUUUCGCUUAAGGAAAAACAUUUAUAUAAAUUUUUUACUAUUGUGAUUUUAGCUUUAACUACAAUUGGACCAUUGAAAUUAUUUUUAUUUAAAUUAAGCAAAUUAAUGUUUAAUGAAUCUCUGUGAAAUUAUUAGAAUUUAUUUUGUUGUAUUUUUUAAGGAUAUGUAUUG